CUGCCUUCCCCUUGAAGCGCUGCUAACUGACUACCGAGGAGGGCUCUGCCUACCCCCCCUCAGUGUACGGAAGCGGCCAAGCGUUUAAGGGCGGCUCCUGCGCCUUCCACUCUUUCCCAGUCAGGGUGGUCCCUUGUCCUGCUCCUAGUUGACAGCAAUUUCUGGUGUGGGGCUGGGCUGCCAGUGCUGUCUUUCCUGGCAAGGCUCUUGCGCCUUUUAAAUUUUAGUUAGUUAGUUAGUUAAUUUAUUGUUCCGGUUCUCGACCAGCCUUUUAAAUUAAUAAUCUCCCAAGAAGCAGGAAUUCGGCAAGUGGAGCCUUUCUGGUAUUUGGCAUCUCCGCGCAGUGAUGGAAGAAGCAUCACCUGUUGAACUUCUGCUUAUUGUCAAGAAAAGUAAAAAGGGACAGAGGAUAGAAUUUUGAUGUCUUCCCACACAGACACCUCCCCCUGGAGAGAAGAGAGGAAAGAAUGGGCAAUUUUACUCCCUUUUCCGGUUCUUUAUCUUUCUGUGAUUAUUAUCAUCAUUAUUAUAACUCCCCUUUCUUCUGUUUUUGUUUUUCUCACUGGGUGUCAAUGGGAGUCAUUAGGUGGGAGGAGUUUAGAGAAUAAUAAGGAAGAAAAUUAGUUUUGACUAUUCUUUCAUUAGUGAGAUAUUUCCCUCCUGGGACAAGUUCAUUGGAAGGAACUUUAGCAUUCUCUUGUUGUCUUAAUGGAACUGUGAUAUAAAAUGUUUCUUUGGAAUGCAUACAGCUUGAUAUCUUUGAUGUUCUUAGCGAUGGUAUUGUGAGUAGAUGGCACAUGCAGAUGACUAUAGACAAAGCCUACCUCAGAACGGGACAUGAAACAGCCAGUGCUUGUUUUUCUUUCCUCUAAACCUGCAAAAGCAUUGGAAAAGAAAACCAGAUGGUUUCUGCCGAUAUGAUAAGCCCGAUAGUGAUCUAAUAAAAGACUUUAUUAAGACUAAUUUUAUUGAGCAAAGGUGGUUACUACACAAUUCCUUAUUCAAGGAAAAUAAUACACCUAAGUUUGAGGCUCAGGCUUUGCUAUGCUAUUUGGUUAUAUUGCAAGCUGCUCUGCAUACUUUGAGUAGCAGAAUGUUGUGCCCGGUAGAUUCACAACCUCUGUGAAAAGGUCCUAUAAUUUUACAGUUAUUUUCUACUAGGCCGUGAAAACCUGUCUCUUUUACCCUCCUUCCUCAAAAUGCAAAUUAUUUAUCUGGCUGCAAUCUAGAUUGAGUUAUGCUUAGAAUUUGGGAUAUGUGUAUACUGAGAAAACAAGCUAUGGGGAGGGGCCACAGCUCAGUGGUAAAGCACAUGUUUUACAGAUUCCGUCCUUGGCAUCUCUAGGUGGGCCUGGGAGAGAAUCCUUACUGGAAAUCCACUGCCAAUCAGUACUGACAAUAUUGAGCUAGUUAGUCUUGGUAUAAGGCAGCUUUUUAUAUUCCUAAGAGGUAUAUUCUUGCUUUGGUCUCUUAAAUCCAUUUCUGGCAUACAGUAUUAAUGCUACUAUUUUCCUUACAACACUGUGUCUUCUAAGGUAAGCAUUUCUUACCAUGAAUGCAAUAAAUACUUGAAUACUUCAUUGCAUUGGUAAAUUCAUAGAAGUUGAGUUGGUCAUUGGGUACUGGCCAUAAAAGCCAAGUGUAGCCUCCAUGUUCAAGUAUAGAUGCUGGGGCAACUAAUUCUGUCACCAUCAAGCUCUGUUUGAGAAUUUCUGGUCUGCUGCUAAUAGAAAUAAAGCAUUGGACCAGAUGAACCUUAGGCUGCUCUAGAGACAUUAUUUAUUUUACUUUGUCCUCGUGGUCCUUUAUUGGGAACAGGAAUAGAGAAUUCUAAGCGGAAGAAUGCUUGGUCAAUAUGAAUAGUUUCCUUAGUAAAUUACUACAUUUAUUUCUAAAAGUAUCCCAAGCAAAGUAUCCUUUCUGAAGACCAGGACAGUUGCUGACAGUUGGUGUAGAUAAUACUGAACUAGAUGAUGAUGAUGAUGAUGAUAAUUUAUUUAUACACCGCCCAUCUGGCUGAGUUUCCCCAGCCACUCUGGGCAACUCCCAACAGAAUAUUAAAAACACAAUAAAACAUCAGAUAUUAAAAACUUCCCUAAACAGAUGGACUGAUAGUCUAACUGAUACAAUGCAGCUUCCUAUCUUCAUGGAGGAAUACUCCAUGCAACCAAACCAACAGGGAGAGAUAAAAAAGCUAACUUCCAAGCCACUGUGGGAGACUGGGGAAUCCUCCAGAACAGCAGUUAAUGCUCUGUGUGGGGUUCUGCAAUCGCCCCAUGUGCAUACACAAGGACUUUUCCAAUCAUGCAGAAGCUCCUUGAAUGGCAGCAGUGUUUCUCAACCUUUGUUCUGUUUACAGCAACAAUGGAUGCAGCAGUUCCUGAUGCUUCUGAGAAGCGUAUAAUCAUCCACUCGCAAGUUCACAGAGAUACUAUUCUGGCCAGCUUUGAAGAACAGAGGAGAAAAGAUUUUUUGUGUGAUAUCACUUUAAUUGUAGAAAAUGUUCACUUUAGAGCACACAAAGCUUUACUUGCUGCCAGCAGUGAAUAUUUUUCCAUGAUGUUUGUUGAUGAGGGAGAGAUUGGCCAAUCGAUCUAUAUGCUGGAAGGAAUGGUGUCAGAUGCUUUUGGUGCGCUGUUGGAGUUUAUCUACACUGGUUCUCUGCAAGCUAAUGAAAAAAGUACAGAGCAGAUUUUAGCCACAGCUCAUCUCCUCAAAGUGAACGAUUUAGUAAGGGCUUACACAGAACAAGAGAAGAAUUUUAGCACAUCUGCCACGCCUACUAAUGUGGGCACAGUAGCUGCCUUGACAAAUGACAAAAAAAGUGAAGAUCCACCAAAGCGAAAACGUGGAAGACCAAGAAAAGUAAAGAAUAUCCAAGAGGAAAAACUUGGUAUAUCUGCUGAAGAUGCUCAGUUAAGAGAGAACAACUCUGUUCAUAAUAAGCAAAACUUUAUGGAUAAAGAUGCUGUGGUGGAAGACAGACAUUCCAAUGAGGAGAUUCCUGUAAGCAGAGAAGCAAGAGAUACUGAUCAUGCUUGUAGUUCAGAUGCUGCGGUGAGUGUCUCCACUGAAAAAGAUGAGAACUAUGAUCCUAAAUGCCAAAGUAUACAGGCCAGUCAGAGUCGUUACAGCAAACGUAGGAUACAGCGGUCUAUCAUGCUAAGAGAUUAUAAACUUAUUGGUGAUGAAGAGGACAAUGGGUUGAAAAAGAGACAUGAUAGAAGAAGAAAAUGUACAGGUUCCGAAGUUCAGUGCAAAGACUGUGGGAAGGUAUUUAAAUAUAACCAUUUUUUAGCUAUUCACCGAAGAAGUCAUACGGGGGAGCGCCCAUUUAAGUGCAGUGAAUGUGGUAAAGGCUUUUCGCAGAAACACUCUCUCCAAGUUCAUGAGCGAAUGCAUACUGGAGAACGGCCAUACACUUGUACUGUUUGCAGUAAGGCUUUAACAACAAAACAUUCGCUCCUGGAGCACAUGAGCCUUCAUACAGGUCAGAAGGCUUUUACUUGUGAUCAGUGUGGGAAAUACUUCAGCCAAAAGAGACAACUUAAGAGUCAUUACAGAGUUCACACAGGCCAUUCUUUGCCAGAAUGUAACCUGUGUCAUCGCAAAUUCAUGGAUGCAGCUCAGUUAAAGAAACAUUUAAGAACACAUACAGGUGAAAAGCCAUUUACGUGUGAAAUUUGUGGCAAGUCCUUCACAGCAAAAAGCUCUCUCCAGACUCACAUAAGAAUCCACAGAGGAGAAAAACCUUAUACAUGCAGCAUUUGUGGGAAAUCUUUUUCUGAUUCCAGUGCCAAGAGGAGACACUGUAUCUUACACACUGGCAAAAAGCCAUUCUCUUGCUCAGAGUGCAGCGUGCAGUUUGCGCGCCUAGACAAUUUGAAGUCACAUUUAAAGAUCCACAUCAAAGAAAAGCAGCUACAGGAAGCAAGCAGUGCUCCCCACAGCAGCAGCAGCAGCAGCACAGAUGAAGUCAGGAACAUUCUUCAGUUGCAGCAGUAUCAACUCUCCACUUCUGGAGCACAGGAAAUCCAGCUGCUGGUCACAGAUUCUAUGCACAAUAUCAAUUUUGUGCCCAGCCAUAGCGAAGGUAUUAGCGUUGUCACUGCAGAUGGCACCCAAAAUGUGAUGACGGACCAUGCAGCCAGUCUUACCCUUCUCACUCAGCCACCCCAGCAGCUACAGAACUUGCUCCUUUCCACCCAGCCAGAGCCAGCAGACCAGAUUCAGAAUAUUAACAUUGUGAGCAGCCAGAUGGAGACGCCACAGGCUGAGCAAGUGCACGUCAUCACGCUCUCUAAAGAAGCCCUGGAGCAUCUGCAUGCCAAUCAGAAUCCAGCAGAAGUGCUCCAGAUCACCACAGGAACAUCACAUCCAAGCCAGCACCUGCAGGUGGCUCAGGAACCAAGCCAGGAGUUUCGCAUAAGCCAAGCUACAGUCCUACCUCCUCAAAUUAGCAAGGGACAGACUCAAACUGUACAUGUCUCUGAAUCACCUCAGCAGUCUCUGACUGUAGGCCAGUCAUCUGAUGAUCAUCAUAUUGAGAGGCAGACUUUUUAAAAUAAGGGCUGUUUUGGUUCUUUAUUUAUUUAUCAAAAAGUGAAAUGAUGUUAAACCAAGUCAUAUUUCACCUACAGUAUCUAUUUAAGUUUGCAUUUUGGUAAUACUGAUGGUUCACUUUAUUGUAAAGCUGAGUAUUUUUUAUUUUUUACGUUUUCUUAACUUAAAUAUAUAUUGAUCCAUGCCUAUUUUGCCUGAACUGCAAUAGUUAUUGAGAUAGUGUUGGUGUGAUCCAACCAUUUUAUCUGUUUCAGUGAAAAAUAGCUUUUCACUUGCUUUAGUCUCGCAUUUAAGCUGAUGGGAUGUAAAAAUUAACUUCACCUGUAUCAUGCACUAUAUAAUUAUGUGCUUGUUUCCAGAGUUCUGCUUUGCUCUUGGAUAUCUACAGAGAUUAUUAUUAUUUUUUCCUUCCUUCCUUUCCCAUGAAAAAGCAGUAGUGCUUAUUUUUGUGCAUUACAAUGCAAGCUGGAACAUACAUAUUGCCAUUUUAUAUGUGCGAAUACAUAUUGCAAAUACAUGUGCAGUAUUGCCAGUUAAACCACAAUUUCCAAUCCAUUUUUAAGACUUGUCUUGAUGUAUAAGCAUAUGUGUGUAAUUUAAAAAAGAUGGAAGAGUAAAGUUGGGCUUCUGACCACGUGUGGACAGGCUAUCCUGAAAGCGGCCACCUACAGGCUAAAAAAAAAUAUUGUUUUUUUUGGUUUGGGUUUUACAUUAGGCUUUGCCUAUUCACAUAAUGAUUCACCUCUAGUUGUAUAUUGGCCUAUUUCAACAAUUGUGGGCUAGUAAGCCAUGAUUUAUUAGACCAACAAGUGUUGUGACUGUGUAUUCCCUCCCCUCUUCCAUCCUAUUUUCUCUCUUGCAUCUUAAUGCAAUGCUUCUGGGAUUUCUUAAAUGACAGCUUCCGAUUAUGAACUCGGAAACAGUUGUUUAAGCAGCAGGGAGGGAACGUGAAGACAUAACGUUCAUUCUCAGUCUGCUAAACCACUGUUUUACUGGACCUGAAAUAGACCAUAGUCUAGUUCUGCUUGUUGUGGAGAGGAAUUCAUAUUCUACUUCGAUAAUGCAUUUUUUUUAUAAUAAAUGUUUAUUAAUUUUCCACAAUAGAAAAGAGGUUUACAAAAAAAAUUAAAAGAGGGGAAAAACACAAAAGACAAAAAUACACAAUACAAGAAUCAAAAAAGAAAAGAAAACCACAUAAUAAGAAAAUAGAAAACUAUAUAACUUAUCUUUAUCACAGUGUAGAUUGGGACCUCCUCAGGUUCCCGUCCCUGUGUUUCUUAAGCACUUUUCUAAUUAGCAAAUUCUACCUCUAUUAUUCACCUUUAAUACUACAUUUCUUAUUUUCUUAUUCUAAAUAACCUCUUCAACUAAUCCACAGUUUUGUUUACCACUUAAUUUCUAUUCUAAAAUAUUACUUUAGCAUAAUUUUUUAAAUACAAUUUAAAAUCUUUCCAUUCUUCAUCAAUUGCUUGUUCUCCCUGGUUGCGGAUUCGUCCGGUCAUCUCUGCCAGUUCCAUAAAUUCCAUCAUCUUCAUCUGCCAUUCGUCAAUCGUUGGUAAUGUUUGUUGCUUCCAAUAUUUAGCAAUCAAAAGUCUCGCUGCUGUAGUGGCAUGCAUGAAAAAAGAUACCUUUCUCUUGGGAAUCUCCUUCCCGCUACUUCGAUAAUGCAUUGUUGGCAGAUAGCCACCCUCUGAUAAACAUUUUGAUGUGCAUUUGGCCUCUGCUUUUCCCUUUCUUGGUCCAGCUUGCACAACAGUUUGCACAUCCAGCCACCCUUCUUCUGGGAGGUUGGAAGUAGAUCUGAUACAAUUGACUAUAAGGAAGCUUCAACACCAUUGUCUGCACCAGUGGAAUAAUACUAUCAAUGUUGGAAGUAGAACCUUCCAGGUUAUCUUUGCACCCUUUUGCUAUCCAUGCUUAAUGGUUGGAUGUGGUGCUAAGUUGUGUUAAGGGGAGAUGCUCUUGAUACAGUCAAAGUUAAGGACAAAUAUUCAUGUCAUAUCAUGUCUGCAAUCACCCAUAUACCUAUUCACUGCAAUACGGUGGGCACCAAAAAUAUGUCACUUGCAAUCAAUGCAUCUUUUGACUGUUUUUGUCAUGUUACUCACUUUUAUCCAGAGACCAUGCAGUAUGCAUAUGUGGAGCUACACAAUCAAAUCCUCCUCUUCACUACAGUGGAAGAAUGUGUCCAGAAUGCCUCUCUGUGAACAUAUGCAUGCGCAUGCAUGCACACGCACACACGCACACACUGAGCUGUCCGGUCUAGUGAAGUAAAUAUACAAAACCCUGGGGAGUGUAGUAAGGACCUUGCCACAAAUUGCUGGUAUUACAUAAGAAUGUUUCUUAUGUAAACAUCCAAACAUGCUCUUCUUGCAAAGGUGAUAUAAUGUGAUGAUGAGAAUAAGCUAUUAAUAAUCUUUGAUUCAGUUAGUCACUCUGCUGAUAGUAUCCUUAUAGCCAAAUCAUAAACUUUCUGUGCCUUAGCUUUUACAACAGAAAAGCUUUUACAGCAAAAAAUAAAAUGAGAAUGAACAUUCAUUAUCUCUGCAAAACAACAUAAUUACUCUCAAAUGCAGGAUACCUUAAUCACAAAUUUAAAUUUUAAAUGCAGUUUCAUAUUUUGCCUUGAGAACACAAUACUGUUUUUAUUCUACAGUAGGUUAAAAAUGGUUUCAUAAUUAAAGAUUUAAGAUGGCACAAAUCUCAACUGGUUUCUUAAAAACUAUAACUCUUUAAUUGGUAACAGUAAAAAUACAUCAUAAAUAUCAAAGUUUAAUUGGAUAUAUUUUUUUAAAUAUGUUAUUUAAAAAAAUUCAAAGGGGGAAAGUUGGGAAAAAAGACAUUAUUUCUGGGGGAUAAAUUUCCAAAUUGUAACAGUUCGUCCUUUGACUUUAUAAUUCUGUGGUGACUGAUGCAGUUGCAAAAAUAAAUCACUAGGUGAAGGGAAAAUAAUGCUGUUUCCUCAGUUAAGGGUUAAAUUUUAAUGCUUAUACAUAUUUACUCUUGUAUGUGAAAUGGAACUGUUUCUCCUUUAAAAUAAAAACAAUGCAUAAAUUCAUCCUUCUAGCAUUUUUCUCUGUGUAGUUUAUCUGCAUGCUGCAAACACUUCUUGCUAGCCGGGAGCUCAUUCGCAUCCUGUUUGUGUCAACCUUUUUCCCCAGUCAGAUUUUCUGAUUAUGCUCCUGCAAUAUGAAUGACAAGCACAUAAAUAAUUUGUUCUAGAAAUCAUAAAUAUUUACAUAAAAUUAAAGGCAAAGCAAUGUUGUUAUUUUAUAAAAUCAUCCAAUUACAAAAGUAACAUUCAUUUGACUUGCUUCUGCAUAUUUCCAAUACUGUAAUGGAAAAUAAUGUUACGCAUCUAUAACCUAGAUAGUUGCUACAGGAAUAAAUAAAGUUAUGAGCUAUCCAGAAAACUGGUUCUAA